UGUGGUGGCCCUGGAACCUUAACGGUAAGGCCGGUUAAGGGAGGAACUGAAUGGGGGACUGAUAGGAGAUAAGUCGACCGGUAGUAGUCAGCCUACCAUGGAGAUGUCAUCCAUGCUCCUGACCUGAUCCGCUUCCCCUCCCCCUCUCCUUCCCUUCUUCCCUCGGUGUGAAUGCUAUGCCCUUGCUGUAACUUCUUCCAUCUUCACUUCUGUAACUUCACUAUUGCCCACGCUCUCGAUCCCCCCAUCCCCCCAUCCCCCCAUCCAAGACUCUCCUGGUCCUGGCUGGCUUUGUUCCUACCACCAACCCGGACGGACGGUACAAGCAGUGCUUCCGACCUGUCCUGUGUACAGUACAGAUCUACCGGCGUAUCAACGGGCGGCCCUCCAGAUACGCUGCUUGUCUCCUUCUCUCCGGCACGGCCGCUGUCCCGGAAUCUCCUCCCCCCCCCCCCCCCCCAAACGCGUCCCUUCCCAUCCACCGCAUCAGAACCCCCAUUGUCAGUACUAUCGCCUCCGUCUUUGCUCGAUGACUCAUGCUGAUAAGCCGUUCGUUGACCAGGUAGACAACAACAACAAGCACGAUUCGCUCCGGCAGUGAAUCCAUACCCCUGCGAGUGUCGUUGCCGGUCGACUACAC